AUGAAGAGUAAGAUCCGCUGGUGUUAUUGUGUUCAUAAGCUUGCUAACAUCCCAUGCAGCAGUGCGUGGAAUUUGCCCAACUCCGACAAGGAUGAAGUCACACCAACAACAAAGGAUAUUUCGGAGGCCUUUGAACCAGAUGAUGAUCAAUUAUAUGACGAUGAUAUCCAGAUCGUUUCCUCGGAUCUUGAAAUCCACGACCUUGUUCCGACACGGCACGUUGGGUUCGAUGACCACGCCGUCUUCCGCGCCAUCUUUCUACAAACAAUUCCACAGAACACUCCAGCAUGGAAAAGAAACCUAUUCAUGACUUUCUCUCAAUGUAUAUCAACAGAAAUGGUCGCCAUAGAUGGCAUCCACAACGACUGGCGACACCUCCUACUCCCCCUCGCUCAACAAGACGAACUUGUCAUGGACGCCGUGCUUACAGUCUCAGCCUUCCACUUCCACAUCAACAAACUAGCAAACAACUUCAAACAAGACGAAACACAGUAUAAUUCUUUUGGAACCACAUCGUGCGAUUCUUAUGUCCCUGACCCGUAUCAACUUCUCGGUCGGACACUUCGGGGUUUGCGAAAGCGGCAGGAACUUGUCUGCGGCGACCAAACAACCCAACAUUAUGUGUUAAUCAGCUUACUACUACUAAUGACAUCCGUUCUGGUUACGGGUGGUUCGGAUUUCCCGGUUCUUCUUCGAAUGCUUGAGUCAGCGCUGGACGCUAUUGGGGGAAAGGAUGGACUCGGGACUGGCAUCCUGGCGGAGUUUAUCAUGCGAGAACUUCAUAAAAUUCGGGUGUAUGCUGCUCCGCAUCUUGGUGAGGAAAUGGGCCUCCAGAUGAUCUCAUCCCAAGCUCGCACCGACCAACUCUUCGGAUGUCUCAACCACUGCCUCCAGCAAUACCCCCAGCACACGCCCCUCUUCUCACAAGUCACAAACCUCGUCUACCAAGCCAGAGAUAUCUACCUCCAACAAGUCAUGUCCGACCAAACUACCAAUUUCUUCGACCUAGACCCCAUCCCUAUGAACCCCCGCUCCGUGGAACGCGUACAACGCUUUAUUGGCGCUCUCGAACAGAUCCCAGAUACAUCGCCAGUAGCGCACAUGUUAAUUUGGACGACAUUCGUGGCUGCUUCUGAUGCGCAGCUUGAAGAGCAUAAGAUGUACUUCGAGGAUGUCCUGCGGAGACAUCAUGCUCGGAGUGGGUUCGGGAAUUUACUGAAGGGCAUUGAGGCGUUGAAGAGGAUAUGGGGGAGGAAGCCUGGAGAACGGUGGACGACUUUGCUGCCGCAGACAAAAGUUCUCGUUGCUUGA